GUUUUAGCUGCCUCUCCGUCGUCACCUGAAUUUGGAAGGGCUAAAAAUGGUCACAGCUUUCAUCCUUAUAGCAUGGAUAGCACUUCAACUCCGAAAUCUAGCUCUAAGCGUUACAAAGCGAAGUUAAAGAGAAUCAACAGGCUUCCAAUUGGAACUGGCAGUAGUAGCAAUUCAUCAUCAGCUGAAAAUGUUGUAACCACUAAUGGGAACAACUGUGCAACUACUAAUGAGCACAUAAAAUCUCUCGAAAACGAAGACGAAGUUUUGAAUAAUGCUACGUUCAAUGAUAAUGCAAAUUUUUCAUUUUCAAGUGCUGUUGCUUUAGACAGUUCUCACUGUUCAUUGACUUCUGCUGUUGGCCGGCUCAAUUUCCGUGAUUCCACUUCAGCAUAUAACACAAGCACUGUUGCAGAAAUUUCCACUUAUCAAGAAAACUCAUAUUUUGCUACUCAGCACGAUCUUGAAGCAAAAGAGCGUCGUCUGCGUAAAGCAUAUGAAAUAAUUGAGCAUCACUUUGCUAAGGAAGCUAUUGAUCCAUUCAACAGUGAACUCUGUCGAGCUUUUCUCACAAAACUAGACUUCCCAGGACUGGGUGACAGUUGUGCCAACUAUAAAAUAGUACAAACACCACUGCCAAAGAUAGCAAAUACACGUACGCUAAGUUUGCCAGAUGGUGUGCAGUUCAAUAUUGAUAAAGAAGUAGGGCGCGGUUCGUAUGGUUCUGUGUACAAAGCUACAGAUGCUAAUACUGGUAAUGUGGUGGCGUUGAAAUUUCAGAAACCUCCAAACACCUGGGAGAUAUAUAUUUGCGAUCAAGUCUUAAAGAGGGUCAAAACGACAAAUAUUCUACCCGGUCUCAUGGAUAUUUCCGUUGCAAUAAUGGCCCCAAAUGCUAGUAUUAUCGCUACUGAAUUCUCGCCAUACGGCUCUUUACUCGACAUAAAUAAUAAAAUUCGACAAGCUACCACAAAAGUAAUGCACGAAUCUUUGGUAAUGCAUUUUUCCGCGCAAAUAUGCAACAUUAUAAAUCACCUACACAUGAAUAAAAUAAUUCACGCGGACAUAAAGCCGGACAACUUUUUAUUAAUGCGCAUACCUAGUACUGACUACCAUUAUCCUUCGCUACGUUUGAUUGAUUUUGGCUGCGCCAUUGACAUGACGCUAUUCUCUCAACCAGAAGAAACCAAGUUUCGUAAAGUUAUUCAAACAGAUGGAUUCACAUGUAUAGAAAUGCAGGAAAAUCGCCCGUGGUCAUACGAAACUGAUCUAUUUUGCAUUGCUGGCACAGUACAUGUAAUGUUGCUGGGCGAGUAUAUGCAACUACAAAAACGAUGUGGUAUAUGGGACAUCAAGCAGAAGUUACCACGAUAUUUAAAAAAGCACAUUUGGUCCAAGUUCUUUAAUGAUAUGCUUAAUAUUAAAAUCACAAAAUUGCCAGAUUUGAACGAAAUGCGUCAGACUUUUGAUCAAGAAGCAGCACGCAUGGAUUCAGAAUUGCAGAGCCAAAUACGAACACUAUCAAAUAUUUUACAUCGGCGAUAACCAUGGGGAUACUCUUAUUUAUCAAGCAACGGCAAGCAACAACAACCUACUUGAUUUUUUUUACGUAUAUUUUUAUUUUAAGCUCAUUUAGACGUUGACUCCUGUGGCAAGUAUUUUAAACCUAUUUGUUUUGAUUUAAUAUGCAGUUGACAUAAAACAUGUGUUUUCCACGAAUAGAUUGUAAUUGGUUUA